AUGUCCUCGCAGCAAAACCCCCAAAGCUCUGGAAACGAACACAUUCCAUCACCUAGUCGGUACAUCACUACUCAUCGCCCUGAUGGCAAGUCAAUCUUUUACAAAGGCCUCGACGCUACUUUACCAGCUCAGACUAUCAGACCGGACGUCGAUUUCCGCCUUGUAUAUACCAGCUCGACUUUUCCUGUGAAAUUAGACGAUGAGGAAGAUAUCCGAACUUAUCGUUCAUUCUUAGAAGGCACGAAACCCGGACUCAUCAUCAAAGGCGGUACUGUGGUGCGAAUUUGCGAUUAUGCACCAGGGGGACCUCCUCCGAUCAUGCACAGAACAGUGAGUUUGGACUUCGGCAUUGUGCUUCAAGGUGAGAUGUAUGCUGUCAUGGACUCUGGUGAGAGACAGUACCUGAAGACCGGAGAUAUCGUCAUUCAGAGACAGACAAAUCAUGCAUGGGAAAAUGCAAGCAAGGACAAUGCUGCACGAAUGCUAUUUGUGCUUCAAGAAGCGGACCCUCUUACAGUGGGAUCAACUACUCUGUCUGAAGACUACGGAGAGAUUCAGGGAGUGCAGCCAAGUACUUAG